GUGCUUUAGUUCGCGGUCACCUGAGCUCUGGCAACUCGGCUGCGGCAGGCUUGGGGGAUACUCGCCCUCCGCGGGUUCUGUCUGGCGACCCCGCCUUCUUCUCUUGUUCAUCGGCUCCGCCAUCCCGAACACUCCAAAGGCCUGUCCGUUCUCUCCUGUCCUUUCCCAGUCGCGGGCCGGACCGGGCCGAGCCGGGCAGCACGGGAGCGGUUUCUGACCAUGGCGUCCCUCUUCAAGAAGAAAACCGUGGAUGAUGUAAUAAAAGAACAGAAUCGAGAGUUACGAGGCACACAGAGAGCUAUAAUCAGAGAUCGGGCAGCUUUAGAGAAACAAGAAAAACAGCUGGAAUUAGAAAUUAAGAAAAUGGCCAAGAUUGGUAAUAAAGAAGCUUGUAGAGUUUUAGCCAAACAACUUGUACAUCUAAGGAAACAGAAAACAAGAACUUUUGCUGUAAGUUCAAAAGUCACUUCUAUGUCCACACAAACAAAAGUGAUGAAUUCCCAGAUGAAGAUGGCAGGAGCAAUGUCUACUACAGCAAAAACAAUGCAGGCAGUUAACAAGAAGAUGGAUCCACAAAAGACAUUACAAACAAUGCAGAAUUUUCAGAAGGAAAACAUGAAAAUGGAAAUGACUGAAGAAAUGAUCAAUGACACACUCGAUGACAUCUUUGAUGGCUCUGAUGAUGAAGAAGAAAGCCAAGAUAUUGUGAAUCAAGUUCUUGAUGAAAUUGGAAUUGAAAUCUCUGGAAAGAUGGCCAAAGCUCCAUCAGCUGCCCGAAGCUUACCAUCUGCAUCUACUUCAAAGGCUACAAUCUCCGAUGAAGAGAUUGAACGGCAACUCAAAGCUUUAGGAGUAGAUUAAUCAAAAAAGCCAUUAUAUUUUGCUUAUUAUAAUUUUUUAGUAUAAACCAGGCACAGUGCAGAUUCCUUUUACAAAACACAUUUAUUUUGCAAAAAUGAAGACCAUGAGUAAACAGUUGUUUCCUAACCCAUGGCUAUUUUGAAUCUUUUGCCAAAGAAUGACAAUGAUAUACAAAUGGGAACAGUUUGGAUUUUAAUUAGAACUGUUUAGGGUGAUGAUAUGUAAAAAGUUGACUUCUUUUCUGCAUGGCAUAUAGAAUUUAUAUACAUUACUUAGUGUAGUUUAUGUUCUUAAGUCUUUUUACACUGAAUACAAAUCUUGUUAAAGCCACCAGGCAUGGACUUAAAGAGACUUGUAAAAAUAUUAAAAUAUGUCAUUAAUUCCGUAUCUGUUACUUGUUCUUUGUAAGUGGUAUGUGUUAUGACCAUAGGCCAAAUUAUUUUUAAGUCAUCUAAAAGAAAAGUGCUAUUUAAACAUCUGUCUUAAAAACUGUUAA